GACCUUGGCUCCAUCUCCACCACUGUUCCCAAAUCCAUGGCCAAUUCCCUGAGGAACACCAGGGCCAUUUCCUACUCAGGAUGUGCUGCCCAGGUCUUCCUGUUUGUCUUCUUCUUAGGAGGAGAGUUUUCUCUUCUCACUGUCAUGGCCUAUGACCGCUACGUUGCCAUCUGCAGACCCCUGCACUACAAGACCAUCAUGGACAGCAGAGCUUGUGUCCAAAUGGCAGCAGCUGCCUGGAGCGGUGGUUUUCUCCAUGCUCUCCUGCACACUGCUAACACAUUUUCAAUACCACUCUGCCAAGGCAACACAGUGGACCAGUUCUUCUGUGAGGUCCCACAGAUCCUCAAGCUGUCCUGUGCAGACUCCUACCUCACGGAAGUUGGGCUUCUUGUGGUUAGUGCCUCUUUAGUCUUUGGGUGUUUCAUUUUCAUUGUGCUGUCCUACGUGCAGAUCUUCACUGCUGUGCUGAGGAUCCCCUCUGAGCAGGGCCGGCACAAAGCCUUUGCCAUGUGCCUCCCGCACCUGGCUGUGGUCUCCCUGUUUGUCAGCACUGGCAUGUUUGCCUACCUGAAGCCCCCCUCCCUCUCCUCCCCAGCUCUGGAUCUGGUGGUGGCUGUUCUGUACUCGGUGGUGCCUCCAGCAGUGAACCCCCUCAUCUACAGCGUGAGGAACAAGGAGCUGAAGGACACAGUGAAGAAACUCAUUGAGGUGGUACUAGUUCAGCAGCAAUGA